UGAAACUUUUGACUCAGUCUCGGUGCGACGUUGACGCGUACCUGUCAAAAAAAGCGCGCGAAACCAAUCGAUUUUUUUUAACUAUUAUUUUUUUUAUCGAUUCGGCACUCGUGAGGUGUUGUACAAAAUGAAAUAUUUCGUCGUUUUCGCCGUUUUUGCUGUCGUCUUUGCGGCUGAAGAGCAGAAGGAGGAUGAAAGGCCGAAGACUUACAAGAGGCUGAUCCCGGCCGACGUGUUAAGAGACUUCCCCGGAAUGUGCUUCGCGUCGACCCGCUGCGCCACCGUGGAGCCUGGCAACUCCUGGGACCUGUCACCGUUCUGUGGCCGCAGCACCUGCGUGGUCAGUGAGGACACGCCUCCCAGGCUCUUGGAGCUGGUGGAAGACUGCGGUCCUCUGCCGCUGGCUAACCCCAAGUGCAAACUUGACACUGACGCCACCAACAAGACAGCUCCCUUCCCUGGCUGCUGUCCAAUCUUCACCUGCGAAGACGGUGUCAAGUUGGAGUACCCUGAACUCCCCACUCCUGCCCCAGAGGCCGAGAAGAAAGAGGAAGAAAAGAAGGCUUAAGAACUCAAAAGAAGAGGGGCAUUUUACAACAUCAGCCAACAGCCUGAAGACGAAGAGCGAUUGGUCGAAAAUCGCGUGAUAAUCUGAAAGAAAGAAUCUCAUUGGCUGAUGAAUUGUUCGUAGCGUAAAAUGCCCGGGGUGUAGAAAUUGGUCUCAAAAUAUUCCUUAAUUAUACCAAAUUUUUUAUUUUACUGUUCUGUUUGACUGG